GUGUCACUUCCUUUCAGCUCAGAGCCAGAAGAAGACAGCAGCAAGCGUAGACAAUCCUGGCAUUCCUGUUUGGGAUAUUUUAUCCCCUUAUUAUAAAUCUAUGACAGUACCUGUCAUACCAACCGAGGAUAAUGGCCAAUCGGAAGAAAGUCAUAGUAACAGGUUUUGAGCCUUUUGGUGAGCAUGCAGUGAACUCUAGCUGGGUGGCAGUGCAGGAACUGGACCGAUUAGGGCUGGGUAAAGCUGUAGACCUUCAUGUGUGUGAAGUGCCUGUUGAAUACCAGGCUGUUCAGGACCUCCUGCCAUCUCUUUGGGAAGAGCACCAGCCACAGUUGGUGGUCCAUGUCGGUGUUUCUGGGUUAGCCACCACUGUCACUCUGGAGCAGUGUGGCCACAACAAGGGCUACAAACGCCUGGACAACUGCAGCUUCUGCCCGGCUUCCCAGUGUUGCAUGGAGAGCGGCCCCGACUGCAUACACUCAGUCGUGGACAUGGAGACAGUCUGCAAAAGGGUCAAUGACUCUGACCUCGGGGUCACUCUAUCUGUAUCUAAGGAUGCUGGAAGAUACCUGUGUGACUACACCUACUACACUUCUCUGUACCUGGGCCAGGGUCACUCUGCCUUCAUCCACGUGCCUCCACUUGGAAAACCCUACAGCAGCGAGGACCUGGGUAGAGCUCUGCAGGCCGCCGUACUGGAGAUGCUGAAAUUUUUGGAACUGGAUCACAAACAUGAGCACUGCAAUCACGAGCAUCAACACCAGCAUGACCACUAAUGACUUAUGACUCAAGAUAGUCAACCAUCAGCUCCUGAAAUGAAUGGCAUUAAUUUUACAUCUGUUGUCGAGAACAGGAGCUUGUGUCAGAAUUUGGUGCUUUGAAAUUGUUAUACCAGUGCCAAUUGUUCACCAUGUGUUGUAUCUUGAAAAUAUUGGAGGUUUUACAGCAUCUGUUUUAUCGUAGGCCGGUCCGGGUCUUUGCAUGUGUGGGUUUGAAUGUGUGUGCAGGAGUAGUGGGCAUCUGUCAGUGUUAGUCAUGUCUCUACAGUUCUGCAGCUGAUAAGGCUGUGAAAAUAGAUGUCAACAACAAUAAUUAUGGACGUAUUAACAUUGUAUCAUGUGAAGAGGAGGAUAAAUGUGAGUGUAUUAAGAUGUAUUAGUAGAACUAAGAAGGUAGUCGUUGAAAAAGUUAUAUAUGAUUAUGAUGACACACUGGGAACAUUUACGGUAACAGUAACCUUUUAAGUCCUUCCUCUGCCUUCUGUGACUCUCACUGUUUUGUAGUUUUUCUGUUUUCUCCACUCUCCAAAGUAUGAUUUUGUUGUAAUUUUGAAAUUAUGCUGCCAUUCCUUCACAUUGCUUGUAUUUGCACCAGAGAAAUGCGAUGACAUUGAAAUGACAGGAACUUGAAGAAAUGUAAAAAUUCACACUUAUAAAGAUUUGUUUAUCUCAGGGAAUAUAUUGCACAUACAAUCGGUCACACAAUUCAUUUGAUCAAUUUAAUGUUUGUCCUGUGUAUGUAGAAAAGCUUUGCCAGGCAAUGCCAGCUUAAGGCUGUGUAUAAUUAAAACACUUCUCACUGGCU